AUGGGUCGUGUUAUUCGUGCACAGAGAAAGGGUGCUGGCAGCAUCUUCAAGGCCCACACUGUUGGUCGUAAGGGUGCCGCUCAAUUCCGUGUUGCCGACUAUGCUGAACGUCAUGGCUACAUUCGUGGUCUCGUCAAGGAGAUCAUUCACGAUCCUGGCCGUGGUGCUCCUCUUGCUAAGGUCGUCUUCCGCGAUCCCUACAAGUACAAGCUUCGCACUGAGACCUUCAUUGCCACCGAAGGCAUGUACACUGGUCAAUUCGUCUACUGCGGUAAGAAGGCCAGCUUGACCAUUGGCAACGUUCUUCCUCUUGCUUCCAUGCCCGAAGGUACCGUUAUCUGCAACGUUGAAGAAAAGUAUGGUGAUCGUGGUGCUCUUGCCCGUACCUCUGGUAACUAUGCUACCAUCGUUGGUCACGGUGAAGAUGGCAAGACCCGUAUUCGUCUUCCCUCUGGUGCCAAGAAGGUUGUCCCCUCCACCUCCCGUGCUGCCGUCGGUAUCGUUGCUGGUGGUGGUCGUAUCGACAAGCCCCUCUUGAAGGCUGGUCGUGCUUACCAUGCCGCCAAGGCCAAGCGCAACAACUGGCCCCGUACUCGUGGUGUUGCCAUGAACCCCGUGGACCAUCCUCACGGUGGUGGUAACCAUCAGCACAUUGGUAAGGCUUCUACUAUGGCUCGUGAUUCGCCUGCUGGUCAAAAGGUCGGUCUUAUUGCUGCCAGAAGAACCGGUUUGCUCCGUGGUACCAAGAAGCUCAAGGACUAA